CGCUUCACAACACCAUACUCUUAUUUUGAAGACGCACACCGGAAGUGACGUUGAACCCACACUGCUGUGACUGCGCAGCUGCAACACGGAAAAACAUUCACUAUGGCUGAGACUCACAGUUUACAGGAGCUCCAGCAACCUGUUGUCAGCACCAAGGUGUUCAUUCAGAGGGACUACAGCUCAGGAACUCUUUGCAAAUUUGUGACUAAAUUCCCUGCCGAACUCGAAUCCAGGCUGGACAGGCAACACUUUGAGGAGACUAUUCAGACUUUAAACAACCUGUAUGCCGAAGCAGAGAAGCUCGGGGGGAAAUCCUACUUAGAAGGCUGCUUGGCCUGUCUCACUGCCUACACCAUAUUUCUCUGUAUGGAGACCCAGUAUGAAAAGGUGUUAAAGAAAGUCGCCCGAUACAUUAAGGAGCAAAAUGAGAAGGUCUACAUGCCCAGGAACCUACUGCUGACUGACCCCAUUGAGCGAGGCCUCAGAGUCGUUGAAAUCACAGUCUUUGAAGACAGAGGUUUUGUCCCUACAAAUUAAGCUCAGGACUGGUGACCAACUGAUCAUCCAAACAAGCACUCGGAUGUCCGCUUCUCCCUAAUCAAUGUAUAUAAUAAUUUCUUGCUCUCUUUUUUUAUUUAUAUCCUGCACAUUCCACUGACUAUGUUCCUCUACUUUACUUUGUACACAUGGUGAUUGUUCUGUGCACAAGGUGAUGUAUCAAGCUGAUCCAAGACCGGGCCUUUAAAAUAGUGCCAAUGUGGACCAUUAAUAUGCCUCCAAUUCCUCCAAUAGUUAGAUCAGUGUUUUGUGUGUACCAUCUUGUUGGUGAGAGUUGCUGUGAAAUCAGAUGCGAAAUUAAGUAGUAUGUAAAUCGGGAACUGUGGUAAUGUGUUAAUUUUUAAACUGGAGAUAUUUUAUGUAUCUAAGUUGAUAUUUUUACAGUUUUAUAAGCAGAUCGUUAAAGGUGCCACUCUUAAAUUGUCUGAGUUAUUGUAAAUGUGGGUAUGAUCACCACAGAGCCGCUCCGCUACUCAUUCCACAUGCUGGUUGAUAUGGGUGGUGUACUUUUCUUAUCAACCAUUUAUUUAAGUUUGUGUUUCCCAACUUUUGCAGCAGUAUUCUACGGAAUUUGGUUUCUCCACAUAACCUACUUAAAAAAUACAUGUAUUGCCAUAAAAGACAUCUGACCUAUAAAAUAAUAAUGACACAAUAUAGAAACUACAUAGAUACAGUGGUUACGUCUGCCUUAUUAUCAAUCCACACAAAGGUUUGCUUGCGAAACCUUGAUCUAACUAAAUGGCCUUUGGUCUUAACACUUUUUACUUUUGUUAUUAGUCAAGUAAGCAUUUAAUGAAUGUUUCUGUAAUAAACAGUACAUAUACACGUA